CUUCUUGCUGACUAAAGUCGUACAAAUGAAGUGGUUAUCUAUAGGGUUGCUGUUAGGUUGUGUCUCAGUGUCAACGAGCACAACUGUGGCUCCGGAAACUUUAGGUUCCUCGACCUCGACUACUGGAAUUCCCACCACUGAAAGAACUGCCGGUGGUGUCGUAAAUAAUCUUUUCUCUAACACUGGGAAUGAAGAAAAUACGAGUACACCCAAGUCGAAUAUGACGACUGAAAAAACGGCUGGUGGCAUGCUGCUCCGUCAUCGAGUGGCUAUUUCACAAGAAUCCUCGAAAGUUCGUGGACGAAUUAUUCUCGCCAAUACUCGUUUAGAAGGAAGCGAUGCGUGGGGUGUCAACGCUGAACAAGCUGAAGCUGCUUGUGAACGUAUCGCGAAUUAUCAAUCGCAAACUGGUGGUUCGAGAAACUCUAUAUUUCGGUCGUUUUUGCAACAGUUCAUUUCUUUUGAACGAAAAACAUCCUCCCAAAAAAUGGUUGGGCACCUGCUGUCAGUUGGUUCAAGCCACGAAGUUCUUGCCCUUACGCAUCUACUGAGCCCCCUACCAAAAGGUUCCUACUGGACUGGAGGACGUUUGGUUCGGUACUCCGUGAAUAACAUGCACCAGAAUACCCAUAGUGACCACGUUAUCUUGAGUUGGACGGACGGCCGCACUGGAAAGCCAGAUAUACUUGGCAUGACCAGCCAGGACCGCAAACAACUUCAUGAUGGAUACACUUAUUGUCUCGCCCUCGACCUUCGUGAAUCUACUUGGCAAGCCAGAGACUGCUCUGACCAGCUACCCUACGCAUGCCUUAUUACACCACGGCAUUUCAGUUUCUCCAACAAAGCAACGGUGCACUCCAGUGCCGGGUCCGCUAGUGCAACUACGCCUUCUGUGGAGACCACAAUGACAACCCCGUCUACUACGGGGCCAAUGAAGUCGACCCCUUCGUCCACAGUACCUAAGAGCUUUGCCCGGGCGUCAAAUGAAGUAAGCGUGGGUGCAACACUUGAAAACGUAGUAACAACGUCUACUGAGGAAAUGAAAACGGAGAACGAAGAGGCAACCACGGUUACAGAACAAACUACAUCUGCAGAAGAAUCCACAACAGCGGAAGAAUCCACAACAGCGGAAGAAACAACAACCACGGAGGAAUCCACAACUGCGGAAGAAGAAUCCACAACAGCGGAAGAAUCGACAACUUCCGAGGAAAGCAGGACUGCGGCACUUUUGAAAGAAUCGGUGCAGCAAACCACUGAAUCGCCGGUCAUGACAACCCUCUCUGCCAUGGAAGAGCAAACUAAAGCUGCCAGUCCGGAAAAGCUCAGUGUUGGCGGUAGUUCGGUUCUAGUGCCCAACUUUUCACAGGAAAAAAUGGGUGAAAAAAUUGAGCCAAGCGAAUUGGUGAAUAGCCUUCAAGAAGUGACGACAGAGGCUGGCCUAGCUACCGAAGCUGGUAGUACUCAUACUGACGAGGUUGAAAGAGAAUGAAGCUAAAAAUCAGUCAUUUAUGUUUCUUAAAGAUAUACCAAAUUUUG